UCUAAUUUCCGUUUGGGCCUAGUUUCCGGAAAAGAGCUGUUGCCGCUAGAUCCGAGAGAUGACUACUAUGUUCGCUGAUACUGUCCUUAUUGUUUUCAUUUCGGUCUGCACCGCUUUGUUAGCGGAGGGCAUAACAUGGGUUCUGGUGUAUAGAACAGAUAAGUAUAAAAGACUGAAAGCAGAAGUGGAGAAACAGAGUAAAAAAUUGGAAAAAAAGAAGGAAACAAUAACAGAAUCAGCUGGUCGACAGCAGAAAAAGAAAAUAGAGAGGCAAGAAGAAAAACUGAAGAACAACAAUAGAGAUCUGUCAAUGGUUCGCAUGAAGUCCAUGUUUGCCAUUGGGUUUUGUUUUACUGCUCUGAUGGGAAUGUUUAAUUCCAUAUUUGAUGGAAGAGUAGUUGCAAAGCUCCCAUUCAUACCACUUUCUUACAUUCAGGGUUUGUCUCAUCGUAAUCUUCUGGGUGAAGAUUGCACAGAUUGUUCCUUCAUUUUUCUCUAUAUUCUCUGCACCAUGUCUAUUCGGCAGAAUAUUCAGAAGCUGUUGGGUCUGGCUCCUUCCCGAGCUGCCACCAAGCAGGCUGGAGGAUUCCUUGGCCCACCACCUCAAGCUGGGAAGUUCUCUUGAAAUAAGAAAACUAAUUUUAUCUUUCUUGCCAAUGAAUAUACUUUAAAAAUAUUCAGAUUUUAUAGAAAAGUUUCUAAAAAUAUUUGGAUACCCAAGGUAUCUAGUAACAUAUGUGUUUUGUGAAUUGAACCAUGUUGAACAAAUAUCUUUGGUUGGCUCUCAGUUUCCAGGAUGGAGAGAAAGUACAUUUCAUGAAGAUUUUAAAGUCUGGAAAAACUUGUAAGAAUACAUAUUGAAAUUAAAGAUGAGGUAGGGAUUCAUAAAAAGUUGGAGGUUUUUUAAGGACAUGAUUCCACUUUUACUUAUAAACAAAGAAGAAUUUCUAUUAUCCCUGAUUAUUUAAUUUGCCAUUUUUCAAAUGUUAAUUUAGUCUAACAUUAUCUGGAUUUCUCUAGGAAUUUAUAAGAAAGAUCAUACAAUGUCCUUCAAUAUUUAAUAUUAAUGGAUAACGGAGGCACCAUUAAAUUAUGACAGAAAAUUUGCCAUGAGACACAAUCUCCAUUAAUUAUUGUAAUAUUAAUUUAUAGAAAUAAUUACAAUUUUUCCUCAGAACGUAUUUUUGUUGAUUUGUUUUUUGUUCCACUGUCUGAAAGUGGCAAAGAGAAAAAAGUGGAGCAGUGUUAUGAAUGGAAAUGUUGUGAUAUAUUUUAGUUAGUAUGCUUCACUCUUGUCAAUUGGCAACUUUUUGAUACGUCAUGCUUAUUUUAUCUCCUUUAUUUUUCCUUUUGAAAGCUAAACAUCUCUUUCAGCCAUUCCUUACUGAGCUUGGUUUCCAGAAACAUUAUCAUCUUAGUAUCUCUUCUGAAACCAUUCCAACAUCUGCAUGUCUGUUUUAUAGCAUGAUAUCUAGGACUGGAUUCGGUAAUCUUAAUUAUGGUCCAUUCAUUGCUGAAUAUACUACCUUUUUUGAUCUGGAUACAGUAUCUCUGCUAAUGCAGCUUACCCGUCCAUUAGCUGCAUCACACUAUUGUUUAUCUGGCAAUUCACUAGAAAGGUGAAUCUUUACAGUUGUAGCCAAUCUGCUUGAGUGAAUAUCAUCUGCUAAUGUUGUAGAUGUCCCAUGCUAUUCUAGGCUCAUUUAUAAAGAUACUGAAGAGUAUUGGUUCCUGGAAAUCACAUUGAUUAUUUCCCUCCAGGAUAAUAUGGAGUUAUUCAUGAGUACCUUUUGGGUAUAAUUGUUCAUCCAGUUGCGAAUCCAUUAGAUUGCAGUGCCCCCUGGGCCAUAUUUAAUUACUUUGUGACAAAAAUAUCAAACUAUUGAACACUUUACUACAAUCAAGGUACACAGCAUCCACAUUUGGUCUACCAAAAUAUUCAUGUCAGUUUUAAAAUGUUAUGGUUAAUCUAAUGCUGCUACUCUAGAAAUAAUAGCAUUCUUUUCUGGUUGCUUACAUACUGGCUACUUGAUAAUCUUUCCUAAUAGCUUUCCUAUCACAGAUGUUAGAAGCAUGGAGGCUACAAAUAGCCUUUUUUUUUUGUCUUGGAGGUUGCCCUUAAAUAAUUCAUUCUAGUGACAUCUUCAUAUUAGUGAUGUUCCCCUGCAGCUCCAGGAUGCCAAAAAAUAUUGAGUUGUUUAUCCUGUUGUGUAUCAUCUUCCUCGCUUAUAUAAUAUACCUGUUAAAUAAACAUAACUCUAUUAAUCACA